AUGAGUGAUUUGGAAUAUGAUAGAGACGUGGCUAUGGAAGAACCCCAGCCUUAUCCACAAUACCAGAGACCCCCACCUCCAAGAAAAAUAGAUUUUAUCGGGCUUGACUUGCCGGAUAUUGCAGAUCCAAUGUACAAGUCAAAACCUGAACAAGAUCUCGAUGUCCGUUACGAAGUGAAAGAGGAGAAUGAAUUCCAUGAGACAAGAGCAUUGUUUAUUGGUAAUUUGCGCCGUCCUAUCAAUGCAGCACACUUUCAGCUGUACUUGAGAGAUUUGGCACGGGAAGAAGGCUCUUUUAUAAUCGAGAGGGCAUGGUUAAGCAGAGCUAGAACACAUGCCAUUGUGUUGGUAAGCAGCGAACACGGUGCAGUAUACAUCCGUUCUAAGCUAUUGAAUACCGUGUAUCCGCCUAAAGAAGAGGAAAAGAGAUUGAGACUUGAGUUUGAAGAAAAAGAAAUUGAGCGUUUCGAGGAACAAAAGAGAUUAUACGAGCAGGAAUUGGGGAGGUUGAAUGAAAAGGAAAGAGAAGCUUUGCCUCCUCCAUUAGAGCCAAGGGAAUAUGUUACCGAAAGAAUUCCCUUGUACGUGGAGUACAUACCUGUCAAGGCGAUCAAUCAAUGGACAUUUGAAGAAGAUAGAGGACCAAGAGAUGGUAAGUGGAAAUUGGAGUUUGAGCACAGAGACGGAGACACAGUUGCCUCACAUACAUUGUUGAACAGUGAUUACAUCCCAAGAUACGUGCCAACUAGAAGAGGCCCACCAAGACGAUACAACGAUAGACCUUACAAUGCUCCUCCAAGAAGAGCUGAUAGCUACGUGCCAAACGGGACUAAUAGAAGAACAGAUACUUAUAUACCAUCGAGAGAUAGAAAUAGAUCGAGAUCGCCUUCAAGAUCACCAAGAAGAUACUAG